UUAUUUUUCUUUAUGUGGUGUUCAAUAAAGUAAAAAAUACAAAUUUAAUUAAUUCACUUACCAUAGAAAUCGAAAGCCGUAAUUUAGAAAACUUGAACGAAAGAAAUACAUAAUGACACACAAUAACGAUGUCGAAAUAAAGUCUCAUGAUGAAUAUCAAUAUUUAAAACUUAUCGACCAAAUCAUAAAAUCUGGCGAUAAAAGAGUUGAUAGAACGGGGGUAGGUACCCUUUCGAUAUUUGGAGCGAUGCAGAGGUACUCUCUUCACAAUAACACGCUUCCACUUCUCACAACUAAACGAGUAUUUACAAGAGGUGUUAUAGAAGAACUACUGUGGAUGAUCUCCGGGUCUACGGAUUCAAAAGCAUUAGCUGCCAAAGGUGUACACAUUUGGGAUGCAAAUGGAUCAAGAAAUUUCCUUGACAAUUUAGGAUUUACUGACAGAGAAGAAGGAGAUCUAGGCCCUGUAUAUGGAUUUCAAUGGAGACAUAGUGGUGCAAAAUAUAUUGAUUGUCAGACUGAUUAUACUGGACAGGGUAUAGACCAACUGCAAAGUGUAAUAGAUUCUAUUAAGAACAAUCCAGCAGACAGAAGAAUGUUGAUAUGUGCAUGGAAUUCUUCAGACCUUAAGAAGAUGGCACUACCACCAUGUCACUGUUUAGCACAAUUCUAUGUGGCUGAUGGGAAAUUAUCUUGCUUGUUGUACCAAAGAAGUGCUGACAUGGGCUUAGGAGUUCCAUUUAAUAUAGCUAGUUAUUCGCUGCUCACACACAUGAUUGCUCAUGUAACUGGUUACCAAGCUGGAGAAUUUAUACACACAACAGGAGAUACCCACGUGUAUCUAAAUCAUAUUGAACCAUUAAAGAUACAGCUACAGAGAGAACCAAAACAGUUUCCAACAUUAGAAUUUGCUAGAAAAAUUGAAUCCAUUGAUGAUUUCAAAUAUGAGGACUUCAUUAUUAAAGAUUACAAACCACAUCCUAAAAUUGAAAUGGAAAUGGCAGUAUAGUAUACUUGGUUCCACUAUUGAAAUUGUGAAUGCUAUACUACAAUGUACC